CGGCGCGCGGGUCGCGGCGGCGCGCGCUCUUGCUAGUUGGUUCGCGCCUGCACUCGCAACAGCCGGCCGCUCGCCCGCUUUCAACAGCCUCCUGUUUUUUUCGUGACCGGACCAGCCAAAAAACAACACCGCCGCCAUGGACGCGAUCAAGAAGAAGAUGCAGGCGAUGAAGCUGGAGAAGGACAAUGCCAUGGACAAGGCAGACACCUGCGAAGGGCAGGCCAAGGACGCAAACAACAAGGCGGACAAGAUCAAUGAGGAUGUCCAGGAGCUGACCAAGAAGCUCGCCCAGGUUGAGAACGACCUGAUCACCACCAAGGCCAACCUGGAGCAGGCCAACAAGGACCUGGAAGACAAGGAAAAGGCCCUCCAGGCUGCCGAGAGCGAGAUGGCUGCCCUCAACAGGAAGGUGCAGCUCGUUGAGGAGGACCUGGAGCGCUCCGAGGAGCGCGCCGCCACCGCCGCCACCAAGCUCCACGAGGCCUCCGAGGCUGCUGACGAGGCCCAGCGUAUGUGCAAGGUACUGGAGAACCGCAGCCAGCAGGAUGAGGAGAGGAUGGACCAGCUCACCAACCAACUGAAGGAGGCGAGGCUGCUGGCUGAAGACGCUGACGGCAAGUCCGACGAGGUGUCACGUAAGCUGGCCUUCGUUGAAGACGAGCUGGAAGUGGCUGAGGAUCGUGUGAAGUCUGGAGACUCCAAGAUCAUGGAGCUUGAGGAAGAGUUGAAGGUCGUCGGCAACAGCUUGAAGUCCUUGGAAGUGUCCGAGGAGAAGGCCAACCAGCGAGUUGAGGAAUACAAGAGGCAGAUCAAGACCCUGAGCGUCAAGCUAAAAGAGGCCGAGGCCCGCGCCGAAUACGCCGAGAAGACCGUCAAGAAGCUCCAGAAGGAGGUUGACAGGCUUGAAGACAAUCUGUUCAGCGACAAGGAGAAGUACAAAAGCAUUACGGACGAUUUGGACUCCACCUUCGCUGAGCUCACUGGCUACUAAAUGCGCAGCUGCCUUCUGCUUCCCAUCACUCUUCCAAACGCUCUGUCCACUACUUGCCAGUUAACCAGUUACUAUUUUUUUUGUUUUUUGUAUUUUACUAUAUCUGUAUCUGCAAGCAUUUUUUUUACAACUGCUUCUCGUCGCGUCUGCCAUGCCAAGAGGUUUAGAUUAUAAAAUCGCAAACGUGUCGCGGCUCCACUCGUCCGCCCCGCCGCCCCGCGUCCCGCCCUCUCCGCGCAGCCUCUGCAGCGCUGCCUCUCUGUCCGCAGACGAACUGGGCAUCAACAAGGACCGGUACAAGUCUCUGGCCGACGAGAUGGACUCCACCUUCGCCGAGUUGGCCGGCUACUAG